UCUCACAACAUGGCACGUACUAAGAGUAAGCCCAUGCAGCUCGAAACUCCCCCACCCCUAAGACCACUAUGGUCUGAAGGUCUAACCCUAGGCGAUAUCAAUCACAUCUCUUAUUUGGCCGAUACUGGUAUGGACAGAUUGAGAGUCCCGCUCGAGCACAGUAAGUCGUUCUUUGUGAACCUGAAUGCCUUUUGUCUAGGCGACAUCUACUNNGACGCAAGACGUGUAGGCGCCGCCGCCAGCAUCAACCGCACUCAGUCUAUUGCCGGACAUGAGGACAUCUCUGCGACUGCUCAGGCCACUGCUGCCCCUGACGUGCUCCCUCAGGAGCAAGAAGAAGAAGCACCAGUCGAUGACCGCGUCCCGGAAGACGACGCUCUGAUCUUCAACUUCGAGACUGCUCCUUUUGAUAUCGAGCAGAACCAGAGCCUUGACUCAAUGAGCCACCAAUGCCGCCAAUGCCCGGCAACAUUCAUGUAUCAGUACCAGCUCGUCGCCCACGUCUGGGGUGCCCACAUGAGACAAGACAACUUGGAUUGGCUCCCAGGACCCAUCCACCGUGAGCAGGAGGCUGCUAUGCAACACCUCAUCAGCGCUUUGACCCAGCACGAGGGUCCGGUCGGCGAAUCUUCUGUGUCCACUUCAGACACUCACCUUUCACCUGAUCACGGCCCUCCUAUGGCGUCUCGCAUCCCCGCUACUCGUCGCCCUACCUCUCAAGCAAGGCCCCAAGCAAGCAUGAUGAGUGUCUUCGCAGUGAACAACCGUCCGACUGCCGGCCCCUCGACAAUCCACCAUGGUCCCCACGUCGCUGUCCCGACUCAGCCUGCCGCUACAAUUUCUGCUGCUGCUUUCCCUCCUGGUGCCCUAGAGAUGGACCAGCCCUUCAAGCUUGGUCAGCUGGUGCCCCUCGGCGUCAAGGUUCCCACCGACGCUUCCCUGACCACCUUCAGAUGGGAGGUCUACAAGCGCAGANGUGAGAACCCCUUUGACUGGACUUCUGAAAAGAGCGUCAGGCUCGCUAAUCACUGGCGCUCGCGCACUACCCAAGGCAUUUUCAAACGCUUGGGUGUCAAAAUUGAUCGCCGCAAGAAAAACACCGGCAUUGCCAACACUGCGGCUCACGAUGAUGAAGGUGAAGAAGAUGGAGAGAACGGAAAUGAUGAGGAGGGACAGGAUGACGAGAAGAUGGACACUGGAGAGUGA